CCUCCCACAAUUCAAGGAAGUGGGACUGGCCAGCAAGUCGCCUUGUGCUCUUGUCUCUCUAGUUCUAGCUCUAUAGCUCCAAGCUCUAAAGCUAGCUCUGCUCAGUUGACAUUAUAGAUCUACUAAUCGUGUGCUGUAUUGAUUGUCUGGAUCCAUUUGUAUCUGGGAAUCAGAAUGACCACAGUAGUUGAAGGUUCUAUCACUGAGGAGAAGAUCCUUUACGACCUGACCGUUCCCUGUGAGUGGCCGGAGGUCGUCACAGCUUUGCCCACCCGGGAGGGGGUGUCACUAUGGAGAACGCUGGCUGCUGUCACCAGAGCAUUUGCUCAUUUUGCUGUUGACAAGGUUCAGUAUCCACUCAGGUUGCUAAGUGGUCACCAAGGAGUACCGGCAGCACUGAGUGCUAUACUUGAGGCUAGACUCCCAUGGAAAAUAGCGAUCACUGAAGACGGAACUCUGUUGGCUGUGCUCAAAGAAGAUUAUCUUGAAAUAAGGUCUAUUGUGGAUGAGUUUGAAUCUGUUAUGACCACAUGUCAAGUGCCCGUGGACCCCCUGCCAUGUCAUAGGAGACUAGCGUGGGACAAGGAGGGCAAUACACUGGCAGUGGGCCUCAGUUCAGGGGCGGUGUAUGUGUUCUGUUCCAAUGGAAGGCUGCUGACUCAGCUUAUUGAUAGAGUUGCCCCUGGUGAUGUGGGAAAGCUAUUGCCACUCUCUGAUUUGACCUUCGUGCCCUCUCCGUCUACCAGUGAAGAAGAACAUGUAGUGUCUCUCCUUUGUGUUCUCUACCAUGGAAAGAAUUUAGAGACCUAUGAAAUCAAGGAAGAGGGUGGUCCUGUCUUUUUGCACAGCUUCUCUUUUAGUGAUUACUUUCCCAGUGGAGUGGACAGCCUUCUUUAUCACCACUCAUUAAAUAUUCUGAUUGUAGGAGCUGCACCAUCCGAGGAUGUUCACUCAGCGGUUGUGAGUGGGUGGAGACUGAUCGACGGUGCCCCCUACUGGGCGCCCAAACUGGGCCAAGAAGGACUGCUCAACAAGAAACCCAAGAGUGUCCUCUCUGGAAUGAAGUUGUUUGGAAAAUCAAAUGCUCUGAAAGGAAACGGUGUGGUAUUCUGUAUGAGUGUUAGUCCUGGCGGCCACCUCCUGGCCACUCUGGAGGUGUCUGGUCGCCUCUCCAUAUGGGAUCUCCCCUCCCUUAAACUGAAUAAGACCUGGUCACAAGAAGAGCAGCCUUACCUUACUCAAGUUGGAAGUGCACUUCGCAACAAACAAAAAGGUGGUGUUCUACCAAUCGAAGUCAGCUGGUGGUCCGAUGAUGCCCUUAUUCUGGUGGACACGGCUGGUCAUGUGACUGUACCUUCUGUUCGUAGCCUCCGCAAUCUCUUAGGAGACCACCCUGAGCCGGGCCUAGCCGUUACUCAUGCUUGCAAUGGACAGUUCUUCGUACUUGAUUGUGAGUCUUCAAAGACGGCAGUUGGUAGUCGGUUUCGAGUUCCUUCCCUUUCCGAAGAGUUUGAACAAGAAGAUUACUCCUCCCUCAACUCACAAACAGAGCUCUCCUUUGCCGGAGCUUCUUCUAGACUACUCAAACAAGUGAUGUUCUUCUUGACUGAGAGUGACCGCUUUCGUCCUCCAAAGAAAAAACCAAAAGUGAUCAAGAGCAGAUACAGCCUGGCUUGUCUUAAGUCCAUGCCUCCAGAAGAAUGCUACGAAAGAAAGAUGAUGAAUGAGGAGUAUGGAGAGGCGUUAAUGCUGGCUCAGCAGUACGGACUUAAUUGUGACCUUGUAUAUCUACGGCAGUGGAGAUCAUACCCUGUCUCCAUAGCAACGAUACAAGAUUAUCUCUCUAAGAUAACCCAAAGGUCGGAGGUGCUGCAGGAGUGCAUUAACAGAGUACCUGAUGACUACGAGACAACCAAGCAGCUGCUGCAGUACGGGCUGUCAAGAACAUCAUUCAAGGAGCUGAAGCUAGAUGGAGGAGAUUAUUACCUAGAACCCAUUGACCUUAAUGACUGUGAUGAGGUCACCCUGAGAGAGAUGGAGGAAGAUAUUAGCGGCUGGGAGAAGUUGAACCACGAGCAGAUCUCCAUUUGCCAGUACAGGCACUUGCUGCAGAUGUACUUGGAUAGGUUGGCCACAUAUGAGGUCUCCCUGGGUGGUCCACGAGCAGCUGAUGAGAAGUUUAGGUCGAGUGUGUAUGAGGAGUUUCGCAGUGCUAACCUCGUUCACAGUGCUAUCAAUUAUGCCAGGGAUGGAAACUGGGAGGCAGUAGAGGCAAUUUUUACUUACCACGGAAAAGUUGUCCUACCUCACAGGCUUGCCAUUCUGUCCAACCUACCUGAGACACUCUCUCCGCAAUCAUAUGAGGACUUACUCCCAUCUCUUAGCGAUGAUGGGAGUGUGGAUGAGUGGGAGGUAGAAGCUCACAGGGAAGAGGACUGGGUGGAGAGUGGGGCCAUCUCUCGUCUCUGUGCCUUGCCCAACGAUGCUCACACCAACACAGGAGAGUUCAUCUACCAGGAGAAUCCUGAGUGGAGCCAAUACCAGAGUCCAGUGUCAGGGGAGGUGCUGACAAACUGGUAUAGGGAGAGGGCAACGGAAAUAGAAGAGUUCUCUGGACAAGUGGAUUGUGCUCUACAGUUGAUUGAGUUUGGUAUGGAGAAGGGAGUUAAGAAUCUUGAUCUCCUCCAUCAUCAUCUUCAAACCUUAUAUACCCUGGUGUACAAGUGUAAUGCUGACAGUCGACUGACCUUGACUAGACUACAAGCUAUGAGCAACUUGGAGGUUCUCACUCUAAUGUUGAAUGAGCCAUCGGGUCCUGAAUUUGUAAAAAUAUUCACCGAGUGUGUGAAUCCAUUUCUCUCUCGUCUCUCAUCUCUCCAUCCUGGGGUGGGGGAGCAGCUGCUAACAGAUUUUCUCGUGCAGCUGGCAAAGAAUGACCUUGAGCCUUGCUUGCUGCUGUUUCAACAGUCACCAGGACAGGGUGCUCAAGAGAGUGUGUUCAAAUCAGUCAAACAGAUCGUGACUCUUGCACUGAGGGUAGUGUACGCCUGUGAAAGAGGUGAUCAGUUGUCAAUGGCAGAUGGUAUUGUGGAAUGUCUGCCAAUCACCGGACCUGCCUCAGGCGAUCUCUCCGACCUUGGUGCUCAAGUUGACCUUUUGAGGGUUCACUUAAUAGCCCUGGACACUUUGCAAGAGUAUGGAGUACAUAAACCAGUGCACUAUGUUAAAGAUAUUCAGAACGAUCCUGCUGAAGUGCAACAGUUGAUGAUCAAGUUGACAAGAGUUGCUAACAGGAGGCACCCUCCUCCAUUGAGUGAGUCCGAGUGGAGGAAGUUGCUCCAAAACCUUCUUUCUCUGAGAUCACAAGUGUUCACCUGUGUGGAAAUUAGUACCUGCUACAAGGUUUUUGCGGAGAGCUUACUCUGCUCGGGACAAAAGACCAAUAUCAGCUUGGCCAGUCAAUUGCUAACACUCUCCAGGGGGUCCCAUCGUAGACAACCCCCCACACAGCGUCUUCCUGCCUCAUCGUUCAACUACCGCCUUUCCUACGAGGUGUCAUGUGAGCUGGUACUAAAUGCAACCAGGGAAUACUUCAACUCAGCAGCCUCACUUAUGGAUGAAGAUAUGGAUCUUGCAAGGUGCUGCCUUGAUCUGUUCUCCAGUCCAACAGCAGCAGUACAGACUGAGUGGAACCUUAUUGCCUCCAUGGGUCUCCUGGAUGACUUUGGUGUGAAUAUCCUUCCUCUUCAGGUUCGACUUACUGAGAACAAGUUGGACAUAGUGAGAAAUGUUUUAGACUCUUCACCCACUGCAUACAGAGACUACGAAAAAAUCACUCGACUGUCUCGUUUGCUGGAGGGUGCCGGGGAAAAUGGCUCUGCAGAGGACGAGAGCCUCACAGAAAGAACACUAAUACCCUCCGAGGGACACUCACUCAUCCUGAUUAUCCUGUCAGCUUUGCAGAAGCAUGAUAUGAAACUCGCUGAAAAUCUUUGCCAGCGAUUAGUUGAAAUGAAGUUUGCCCCGGCUUGGGAAAUUUGCAGGAAGGUAGCUAUUGAUAGUGAUUCAUUGAGCUUGGCCACCAAGAUGACAUUAAUGAACUUCUGCCUCACCUUCUGCCCCCCUAAAGAGAUAGAGUGCACCAUCUCUCUGAGACAAAACUUGCAAGUCCAGAGCCUUUUUAGUGGAUGUGUUGAGAAAAUGAGCGUCAUCUCCACUAGAGGGCGUGGCAAGUUGUCGGGUCUUGCUGAUACAAGUGGUGCUACGACAGUUGUCAAGGGACUCAUGGAUAAAGGAAUGCAAGGCAUUGUCAAAAGUGCUGGGGCCAUGCAGCAACUCAUCAAGACUAGGCAAUCUCCUGAGCCACCCAACAAGCCUUUGGCUGAAAAAUCCUCUGAAGGCUUCAUCAGUAUUAUUGCAGAGCUUAGUAAGAUCGCUGAGUCAGCAACUUCCUCUCCUAAACAAGACAUUAAAAUCACAUCCCACCCGUUCUAUUCAACCCGAGUCUCAACCCCAUCAAAUGAUACCGAUGGUGAUGGUGGAGCUGAUGCAGCACAUUACUAUGGGGAUUGGGGCAUGCCUGGAGAUGUGGGAGUUAAACUAGCUGUUAACCAGGCGCUACUCUACGCUGUACAAGUGGCAAACGCCAUGGCAGCAAAAAAAGACAAGAAGAUGGAUUGUACUAAAGCUCUGUUGGAUCUGGCUGAGGAAUGCAGCUGUGUGGACACUCCUCUAAUGCUGGGAUAUUUGUUCGCCUUGCCUGAGGCGGAUUCUGCUGACAAGUUGCUCUCAACUUUUCCGAAGUCAAAACGUUCUUUUGAGCUGGCACUUUUCUAUCUGUCCCUGCAAAUCUAUGUCCAAUUUCUGCCAUCAUUUCGACCUGAAGAAAUUCUGUCUCAGCAAAAUCCUUACAUGUACUCUCCCGCUGAGGUAAUGAAUCAUGUGAUAUGCCAAGUAAUGUCAUGUGACUCAACAACCUGGCCUGAGACGUUAAAACCACUGCUAGAACUACUGCAUAAAUACCAAGAGAAAGUUAACGAUCUCAAAGAAGCAGAGGAACUGCUUGGUCUCGGGUUAGGUAUUGAUACGGAUCAGUUUGAGAGUGACUCGGAAUACAGGCACAACAUUGUUCUUAUGCUUGCAAGAACACUGAGUAAGAAGGGAUUCACAAUUGCUUGCAAGUUGGCCAAACGGCACCACAUUCCUGAUUGGGAGGUGUACAUGGAGCUACUGGAAACACUCCUAACAACAUCCUCAUUGGAGUCCCAUGAAGUUCCUCGUAGAAUCAAGGACAAUAACGUCAUGAACGUUCUCUUAUGCAAUCCUCAGCAGACAUGUUGCAGACUGAACGAUAGCACAUAUGAGAAACUGCGUGGUACUAAUCUGACUGCAAUGUUGUCCUUUUACACUGCUCUACAACAGUGUCUGGAUAAGGGUGCCACAAUAGAGACGAACAUUCCUGUGGCUACUCAUGUUAGACUACUGAAGAAGUUAAAAGCCAAUGUUUCUGGUAUUAACUACAAGGUGCUGAUGUCUGGAGAGGUGAAUCCUCUGACCACCCUCAGCUCUGCUCUGACUGAUAACAAUGUACAUGUAGUUGCAAAAUUGGCCGACAAAAUACCAAUUAAAGAUGGUGGGUAUAUGAAUGCUGACAUGGUGUUUAGGGCGUACACAGAGAUCCUUUUCUGGAAAGGAGACAAACGACAACAAGAAACUGAUCCCAAUUCAUUACCUAAGUGGGUGCAUCGAUAUGAGGCGUGUCAAGAAUUUCUCUUGAAACUAGGUGUCGCUGAAAUAAGGCAAUUUGUGAAAAACAUCAUCUUCUCAGACCAGUCACUGAAGAUUGGUUUGAGCACUCGCUUGGAGCUGGUGAAAAGAUCUCAAAGGAUCUGUCAGACAAGAUUGAAGCAAGAGCCAAUGGACACCGGAUUUCAAGAGCUCAAAGCUGAGCUAGAAAUUGGCUGCAAACAUCUGAAAGUCCUCACCAGUACUGAGUUUGAGGAUAUCGCUACAACUUUUUCAAUUGAUGAGGAAAAGUGGGAAGAAUAUUUCACUGAACUGGACUUCUCAAUGUCAGACCCAAACAAGGUCCACCUAUUGUCUCUAAAGAUGCUGACAGACUCGUUUCCCAUUGAGCUGAUGCAGACAGUCCUCUCUCUCACUCACUCGGUCUCAUCCAACAAGCUCUCUGUGGCUGGUCUGAUACGAGAGGCACUGGAGGGGUGUGUGCAGGAGCUGUCACAUGACGAACCACAUAGGGACAGCACUGGCACUGCUCAUAUUGAAAAACUUGAGAAGAUCAUGGCCUCAGUUUCCAAACACGAGAGUAAAAGUGGUACUCUGGUCAGUAGCAAGCAGUUACUGGAAGUGUUGCAGCCAUUCUGUAGCAACAGCUCUUUCAGCGCCCACACACGAAGAACAGUGCUGCAAUUGAUAGAAAAGUAUCUCUACCUGUCUGAUGAAGAUGUUGGUCUGCUCCUACUCUACCAAACACAGUCUAUACUCUCUACCGAUUUCAGUUCAGAGGUGACGAUUGAAAACCUAUCAACAGAUGAGUCUCGAGACAAUUUCUUCUCCCAGCUUCUAAAAGAGGCCAGGAGCGUGGAUAAAGUAACAAAACUGUUCUCUCUAUUGGAAGCAUGGGAAAACUCAAGCUCAGUACCAACUCAGUCGUGGAUCGGCCUACUCACAGCAGCUGCUGAGAUGUCUGCAGCUGUCAGCAUUGUGCCCGUCAUAAGAGCGGGGUUGAGAAACAUUCCACCUCAGGUUGAUGAGAGAUUGGUGGAGUUGAUAUCCAAAUCCAGUUCAUCUGAAGCGCUGAAGUUGAUUUUUGUCAGUUCCAAUCAAGAUAAUAUUAAGUCAACCAUACGGUCAAUGGUCGAUAUCUCAUUUCCAGAUGAUCUAAAUCUCUUGGAGCUCAUAGUCAUUACUGGCAGUGUGGCAGUUAUCAAGACAUUCCAUAACUCUUUAUACCUCCAAUUAUGUGAAUAUCUACAAAAAUCGAUGACGGUCGAGAAUCUAAACAUGCACCUUUUUGCGAGGUAUUUCCAAUGCUCAGAAUCAGAGCUACCAAAUAAAUUGAGUCUGGAUUGUCCCUCACUGCGUGUGAAGAGGGUAGCACAGCAGCUGUAUGAGGAGGGACUGGUAGUCGAUGCUGGGUCACUUCUGAUCAAGCUACAAGACUUUCACCCCACUGUUUCAACUCUAAAUGGGGCUGUUACAUUCAUCCGCAAACUAUUUUCAAACUAGUGAGUGAUUUAUCGUUACUUAUGUGCUAGGGCCAGUAUACUGAACAUUGGACAUCAUGAAUCUGUCUGUUAGAAUUAGAAUUAUUAUGAUUGCUUAUAGUUACAAUUAUAGUGCAUCAUAAUCGUAGAUUCUACAAUAAAAUAAUUAUGAAGACAA